AUGGACACAGACAGCGCAAUGGCUUCGAACGAGGGUAUUCCAUCUCUGGAAGAACUCAAGGCGUUUGAGACCGACACGCAACUUUUCCGAGCCCUGGACUUCGCCGAAAUGGAUGUGCAUCAGCAGCUUAUCCAGUUAAAGACUGCAAUUGAGAAAGUAGGCGGACAUGAAGAGACAGACAGGGUCCAUGAGACUGGAGAGGAAGAGGUAGAGGUGGAAGAGCCUGGAGAGUGUUCUAGCGACCCUAUUACUGUCGAGGAAGACAAUGAGGCUUCAGAUGCCAUGGAUAAAGACACCCCCAGUGAGAUGGACACAGGAAAGGAGCCUGCAACUGAGACCGACGAGGCCGAACAGCGACCGAUAGAGACCGACAACUCUGACAUGAUUAUCGCAGAUGAAGAGGAGACUAGCGCUGCACAGGAGGACCCAGAAAAAUCUGCCUCGGCAACACUGUUCCCUGACAUCAUCAAGAACGCCAACUUCUUCAUAAUCAUGGCUCUCCUGCAGCUAUCCAAAGGACGCAUCAUUGAUGCUGAGCAGACCAUUCUCAGAAGCAGCUCUUUCCCAUUUCUGUCGCAGUUUACAGCUCCUGCAGCCAGGGUGGUUAAUGCUCUGAUGAAAGACAACUUCGAGACUGCCUACGCUGAUCUCAAGUUGAUCACUGAGAAGAAUAAGGACUUAACUGUAGCAUGGGCUACCGAGCAGGCGUUUAUGGGUGUGCAACAAUUGGCCCACCAGAUGCUUAUUGGCUGCUACAAGGUGGUACGAGUGGAUGCCGUAAAAAUUCUGCUGCACAUGGAGGAACUGACCCAGCUCCAGGAUGAAUGGGAGGAGUUUGAGCAGGAUGGCGUGUCGUAUCUGAAGCGACGAGAUGACCGGGAGCAUGGCUCCGGUUACCAGCUUCAGCUCCAGGAGCUGGUCGCGAUCACGCAACAGUUGCAACAUAAAGGCCUCUACGACGAGGUGAAGUAA